AUGGGGCCUGUCAUCCUCCAUGGAAACUCUUCAUCAUCUCACAGCUCAGUCAACACACAGCUCCUUUCUCAAGAUGGCUACAAUAUUCUGGCUGUUAUCAUGGGUGUUUUUUCUGUAGUGGGGAUCAUCCUCGAUGUCUUGGUGAUUGUGGUGACAGUACACAGACAGCUGAGGCAGCCACUCAGCUACGCCCUGGUUAACCUGGCCAUAUGUGACCUAGGCUGUGCCGUGUUUGGAGGCCUGCCCACAACAAUAACAAGUGCCAUGGGAUACUUCAGCCUGGGAGGUGUGGGCUGCAUAUUAGAGGCCUUUGCUGUAGCCUUCUUUGGUGAGUCUGGCGUCAAGAUUUCCUGCGCUCCAAACUGGAACAGCCGGGAUGUUGGGAACAUCUCCUACAGUAUUAUAUACUUCUUCCUUAGUUUUGUUGUGCCCUUCUCGAUCAUCAUGGUGUCCUACUUACAACUCUUGUGGACCCUCUGUCAGGUAUCUGACGUAAACUGUGUGGAGGUGCAGGUGGCACGUAUAGUGGCAGUAAUGGUGUUAACAUUCCUGGUCACCUGGUUGCCAUAUGCUGCCAUGGCCCUUGCUGUCAUGCUGGACUCCAGUCUAUAUAUUGACCCCGUCAUUGCUACCGUGCCGGUUUACUUGGCCAAAAGCAGCACUGUCUACAACCCUAUUGUAUAUGUUUUCAUGAACAGACAGUUUCGAGGAUACACUGUUCCCCUUGUCCUGGAUGGAACCCGUGGGCUUCAGACUCACAAAUGUCUGAGGGACCACUGUUGUUUCUCUCAACAAGAGCCAAAAAGUGUCACCUAG